GAUGAUGGUAGAAAUAUAAAUAAUUCAGAAUGGAAAUGCAAUCAAUACAGGCGUCUUCGAGUCGCAUACUCUACGACGUGCCUUGUGCGGUAUGUCGAGAUCACUCAUCAGGUAAACAUUACGGAGUGUUUGCGUGCGAUGGUUGCGCCGGCUUCUUCAAACGCUCGGUGAGACGGGACCGCCGAUACGCGUGCAAAUCUAGAAACCCUGGCGCCUGUUUAGUAGAUAAGGCGCAUCGCAAUCAAUGCCGCGCUUGCCGUUUGGCUAAAUGUCUGGAUGCAGGCAUGAAUAAGGAUGCCGUACAGCACGAAAGAGGGCCAAGAAAUUCUACCAUACGAAGACAAAUGGCAUUAUUUUUAAAAGAUCCCCUUCCAUCAACAGACAUCGGCUUAUCUCCACCGGUUCUAGAUUUAGCUCUACCUAAACAUAAUCUGCUCCCACCAUUACCUUCUUUGCCACUUUUUCACAGCCCCUAUUAUUCUUAUAACAGGCUAAAUCUUAUGGGCUCUGUACCCUCGUGCCACGCAAAAGUUAUGUCGUCCCCAGUUACACCAACUAUUCCAAUUACAACCGAUCCUGAAGCAAUGUGUGAAGCGGCAGCUAGACUUCUGUUUAUGAAUGUGAAAUGGGCUAAAAGUGAUCCGUCUUUCAGUUCCCUAUCUUUAUCCGAUAGACUAGUAUUAUUAGAGGAGUCGUGGCGCGAUCUUUUCAUUAUAGGUUGUGCUCAAUUUCUCUACCCUCUCAAUUUAAAAAUUCUUCUUAAUGGGAAAAAUACGAUUUUACAUUCCAAAGAUGUGGAUGAGUUUCAAAUAAUGUUAGCUGAACUGUCGAAAAUUCGUCCAGAUACAAAUGAGUAUGCAUGUAUGCGGGCGAUUGUUUUGUUUAAAACCACUUUUAGUGACAAAAACCCCAUGGACAGUCCCUCCCAAGCAAAUGUUGAAGUGAAAAAACUUCAGGAUCUUCCCGCCGUUGCUGCUUUGCAGGAUCAUUCUAAACAUGUUCUAAAUGAGUACACCGCUAGAAUGUAUCCACUCGACAUUACGCGCUCCAGUUGUUUGCUUCAAAUUAUGUCUGACAUCCGAAGAGUUUCAAGUGUGACAAUCGUGGAGCUCUUCUUCCGGGCAACUAUAGGAAACAUUCCUAUUGAGAGAAUCAUAAGUGACAUGUACAGAAGUGCUAAAGAUAUGACAUAAAAGAAAUGUACGAGUAGGUAUAUAUUUGACGCACAUCAUAAAGAAAAAUAGACUUAUAUUACCUAAACCUAAAUAAUAAACGUUA